AAAAAUCCAUCCAUUUUCCAUUGUGUUGAGAACAAGAAUGAUGCCUUUGAAGUUUGAUGGUUCUCGUCUCCGCAGCCAGUUCUAGUAGCAGUCAGUCCAGAUAACUUUAGGUAUUCCACUGAUAUGAAUUGUGAUGCCGAAGCGCAAGAAGUUUCACCGCUCUGCGGCUCAGAGCGAGGACAGCGAGCUCGCCUCAAUUCUCAAGAAAAUCGAUGAAAUGCCAACAGAUGACUCUCUGUUUUCCAAAUUCACUGACUUUCCACUCUCAACACGGACUCAAAAGGGUUUGCGGCGGUCCGGUUAUGCAAUACCAACUGCCAUUCAGAGAGCGUCGCUCCGCCUUGGCCUCCAGGGCAGGGAUGUCCUUGGUGCGUCGAAAACAGGCUCCGGCAAGACGCUGGCGUUUCUCAUCCCGAUCCUGGAGAGGCUUUGGCGCGAGAAAUGGUCCAGAAGUGACGGUCUUGGAGCACUGAUCAUUACACCCACACGUGAACUGGCAUAUCAGAUUUUUCAGGUGCUGAGGAAAGUUGGAUUUUUCCAUGAACACAUGAAUGCGGGCAUGGUGACUGGAGGAAUGGAUUUUGCUGAGGAGGGCAAGCGCAUUACCAACACGAACAUCAUUGUGUGCACACCCGGACGUCUCUUGCAGCAUAUGGACGAAACGCCAGACUUCCGCUGUGAUAGCUUGCAAGUGCUCGUAUUGGACGAGGCUGAUCGGAUCCUGGACAUGGGCUUUUCAACCACCGUGAAUGCAUUGGUUGAUAACCUGCCGACUGAGAGGCAGACUAUGUUGUUCUCCGCUACGCAGACUAAAUCUGUCCGCCGCCUGGCCAACUUGAGUUUAACGGAUCCGGAGUAUGUUGCAGUGGAUGAAGCUGCUCAGCACAGCACACCUAAGAAUCUGACACAGGUGUAUAUGGAGGUCAACGUGGAGGACAAGCUGAUGGCGUUGUACUCAUUUAUCCGUACCAAUCCGCACACCAAGGCUAUUGUAUUCCUGUCAUGCUGCAAACAGGUGAAGUUUGCAUACGAGUGCUUCCGCAAGCUGCGGCCGGCCGUACCACUGCUGGCGCUGCACGGGCGCUUGAAGCAAAUCCGACGCUCGGCUAUCUACAACGACUUCCGCAACAAGCAAUACGCGUACCUUCUCGCCACGGACAUCGCGGCGCGUGGCCUCGAUUUUCCCGCCGUCAACUGGGUGAUACAGAUGGACUGCCCGGAGGACGUUGACACGUAUAUACACCGCGUGGGUCGCACUGCGCGCUACGAGAAGGACGGCCAGUCACUGAUUAUGCUGACGCCGUCUGAAAAGGAUGGAAUGCUCAAGGCGCUGGAGAAAAGAAAAGUCCCAAUUGACGAAGCCAGACCGGAUCCGAAGAAGCUGAUGCCAAUCACUCAGAAACUGGCUGGCUUUUGUUCUGCUGAUCAGGAGAUCAUGCGAUGUGCACGGCGGGCAUUUGUGUGUUAUGUCAAGUCCGUGUAUAUUCAACCCAAUAAGGAGAUCUUCGACGUCAGCUCGAUUCCGCUUCAGUCGUAUGCUACGUCACUAGGGCUUAGCGUGACGCCUAAUGUCCGGAUAGUGGAGAAAGCCGAGAAGAAACGUCAAGCUCAGGCUGCAGCUGCUGCCAGUGGGGUGGAAGCCAGGCCUGCGCACUCAGCGGAACGGCCGAAACUGGUGAGACAGGAGGCACUUGACGUCUCUGACAGUGACAGUGGCAGUGAAGAGGACAGUGAUGAUGAUGACAAUGAUGAUACGCUACUCAAGCCCAGGAAAACCCAGCGGCAUCUUGAUGAGGAAUGUGGCAAGGAAAUGCUCAAGGACGUCGAGAAAUCCAAACAGAAAGCCAGCACCAAAGUCAAGACGAAAGUGCAAGCAGCCCGUUCAAUACUGAAGAAGCCCUUAGCCAAAACCAACAGUCACGUCGUGUAUGGUGAAGAUGGCGAGGUUGAAUCGUCUGUCAGCUUCAAGGCACCCGCAGUAGCAAACCCCGGCUCGGAUGAUCUUGGCCACUUGCAGCCUGUUCCCCUGGGCGAGGAAGACUCCCAGGCGACUGGCGGACUGGACCUGGUGGCCGCAAGUCGAGAGAUGCGCGGUGCUGACCGCCUUGACAGACUGCGGCAUAAGCAGCGUGUCAAGGAGAUGCAUAAGGAGCAGCGGCGGAAAGAGAGAGAGGAAAACCGCCGAGAGGUGGAUGAGGACGGUGACGACGAAGAUGCAGGAGUUCAACUUGGAGCGCGGCUGGGCGGCGAGAGUGACGAGGGUGCAUCAUCUGCCUCAGAAGAUGAAAGCCCUCCCCCGACCAAGCGACGGAAAGCUGCUGUAGCAAAACGUACCAAAUCCUAGUCACCUGUUGUAACACUGAGGCACACUUGCCUAGGUUUGUGUACCAAAUCCUAGUCACCUGUUGUAACACUGAGGCACACUUGACUAGGUUUGUGUACCAAAUCCUAGUCACCUGUUAUAACACUGAGGCACAGUUGCCUAGGUUUGUGUACCAAAUCCUAGUCACCUGCUGUAACACUGAGGCACACUUGCCUAGGUUUGUGACAACUAACUUGUACAGUACUGUAUUAUAGUGUACAUUCUUACUAGUAACCUUUUUUAGGCUAAAGGCAGUAUUUAAUAAGAGACAAUGUAAAUACACUCUACAGCCACGGUUGGCUGCAUUCA